AAUCCAUUCGGAAAUUUGUUGUCAAAAAAUGAAAAUUCGGAAGAUUUAUUGUGGCUGACGUGCAGAUAAUUUGCAAUCAAUCAAACCUUUUCAUACAACGUUGAAAAGCAAUGACGACAAUAUGUCUGUUUUCCUGUGGAUUUUACUCACUUUAGAAUUUACAAUAUGUUUAGGAGAUGAAGGACUUUAUAAAUCCAUCGAUGAUGUCGUUAUUUUAACAAACGAUUCGUUCUACCCGGCGGUGCUUGGUUCAGAAAACGCAUGGAUAAUUGAAUUUUACAACAGCUGGUGUGGCCAUUGUAUAAAUUUUGCUCCUAAGUGGAAAGAAUUUGCCACUAAUACAAAAGGAUGGCAGAAAGUAAUUUCAAUUGGAGCAGUUGAUUGUUCACAGAAUAAUAACAUACCACUAUGUAGAAAUUAUGACAUACAAGGUUACCCAGCAAUAAUUUUUUUCCCACCUCAUGCUGAUGAAGCCUACAGAGGAGAGGCAAUCCACGAUCAGGAUACUGAUUCCAUUGGUAGACGGGUUAUAAACUAUGUAGGUCAGUUUGUAGGGGACAGUAAACCUCAGUCAUGGCCAGCAUUACAGCCUCUCAGUACUGUAGAGCAGAUUUGGGAAGAAUCUAAAGAUAUACAUAAACAUGUCAUUUUACUGUUUGAACAUGAAGAGUCUUAUAUUGGAAGACAGGUAAUUCUAGAUUUAUGCCAGUAUCAACAUUUGUUGAUAAGGACAGUUACCAAUCAAAACAUUGUAAAGUUUGGAGUGACACAUUUACCAUCAUUAUUCUUACUCCAUGGUGAUGGAAGGUUUGAACAUAUAGCCAAAGGAGUUGAUGACCGUGAAACCAUUGUAGAGAUUAUUAAAAAGCUUAUAGGUGUUGACCAUGAUAAUAAUGCAGAGAAACUAGAAGGUCCUAAGAUUGCAGAACAUACUGUUAAGAUGCAAACAAAGGCAAUUACUAAUGGGACAGUUGUAUAUAUGUCAGAUUUAGAGUCAGCUCUAUCCUACAGCUUCAGACAAGAAAUAGCUAUACAGAAAUCUAUUGAUGGAAAGGCUUUGCAGGCUCUGAAAGAUUUCAUCAAAGUUCUUACAAAGUAUUUCCCCGCUGAAGAGUAUCUGAAGAAAUUUUUACUGAGAAUAAAGACUUGGAUUGACACUGUAUCGUCAGGACUUACAGGUGAAGUCUGGGUGUAUUAUAUAGACAGUUUACAGUCUGUAGAUACAUAUUUACCAGAAAAGAUCAGCUGGAUUGGCUGUAAAGGGAGUGAACCGAGAUACAGAGGUUACCCAUGUUCAAUGUGGACUCUGUUUCAUACACUAACUGCUAAUGCUUACAUAGUUGGGAAAAACAGUCCAAAAUUUCUCUAUGCAGAAGUUAUCAAUGCAAUUACAGACUAUAUGAAAUAUUUCUUUGGCUGCAAAGAAUGUGUCAACAAUUUUCUGAAAAUGGCAGAUAAAAGACAGAUUUCGUCAGCCUCCGACCAAGUCCUGUGGUUAUGGAACGCUCAUAACAAAGCCAAUAAAAGACUCCAUGGUGACCAAUCAGAGGAUCCGUUACAUCCAAAGAUUAUGUUUCCGUCAGAAAGAGUUUGUCAAAAGUGCAGAAAAGGGAUUGAAAAAGAGGGUAGUAAUCGAGAGUGGGAUAAAAAUGAAGUUUUAAAAUUUAUAGUGAAAAUGUACGAUAAAGAAAACAUUGUGAAAAAUUCUUCUGCUUUCAACACUGAAAGUGAUGUAAAAAAAUCUCGAGUUGAUUUAGAUUGGUGGGAAAGGAUGCAAAGAAGUAAAGACUUAGAAAAAAUCAAAGAUAUAAGACAGAUGAAAAGACAGAAACUGGAAGACAAAAUUAAAUUGUCUGGCAAUCAUUUACCUGUCUCUAAAAAAUUGGCAAAUAGUAAAUAUCAAGUGGAAGAGAAACUGAAAUAUCCGUCAGGUUUAAGUAGAGGUGAUAUGAACAUGUGUGUAUUGUUUUAUGGUUUGUGUAUAGCAAUUAUAGGUGUGUUGUAUUACCAUUUUGUAAGAAGAAGGAAAAUGAAUCCAUGUAAUGGCUGCUCUAAUCCUUAACCUUAUGUUAAAUUAGAAAAAAAUAAUUUGUUUAAAUUUAAGUGUUUAGGGAAAAUGUGUGUCCUACUAGUACUGUUCUUAAAAAAGUGAGAGAAAGUAAAGGAGGAAAAGGGGUGAGAAAUCCAUAUUUUGCAUUUGAAAAUAAUUUUGGGUUUUUUCUUGGUUAGAGAGAGACAUUAAUGUUCAUUUGAUAACCACUGACAAUAUUUUAUUAAUUGACCAAGAAAACUGAGGAGAAAUUAGUGUAUACUGUUAAUUUAUUUUCCUUGGUACUACCAUGACUACAGCUAGCUUUCAUUAAUUGAGUAAAAAUCGGUUAUUAAAAACUGUAUAGAAAAUUUUGGGCUUUGUUAAACACCUAAUUGUAAAGUAUAACUAUUACCCAAAACUUACCCAAAACUUUCAGUUUCUCUGGAAUAAUAAAUAAUCCACGGUCACUUCAGGAUUAAGUGCAAUAUAUUUAUUGAUUUUAAGGGUACCCUAAAGAAGAAAUUGUGUUUGACUGUGGAUUCCUUUAUUUUUCAUGAGGAACAGUUUUUCAUUGAUUAAAAAAAAGUUUGAAAGUUUGUCAUGUUUGUACUUCUUUAAACAUUGAUUUUUGAAGUUUAUCUAUUUCAUGAAAUCCAUGGAAAUUGAUAUGUAUAUAAUAUAUCCAAUGAAUAAUAAUGAAUCAACAGUAUUUUAUUUUUAAAAUUAAUGGACCACAUCUGGGCAUUUGUAUAGAUGGAUAUGUUUUAUGGGGGAGAGGGGAAUGUUAAAAAAUACUUGAAAAAUAAGAUGUUUUACAUGGCUUUAAUCAGUAUAACAUUCCAAAAACUUUAGGCAUUGCCAUUUGAAUGUAUGAUUUUUAUACGUAUGUAUGACUUUUGAAUGAAGAUUGAAUCUUUUACAAUUUGUCUUAUUUUAUUUAAGGCCUAUUUUACAUUCAAAUUUUAAUGUUGAAAAAUGGACUGACAUUGCAUACAGUCAGUCCUCCAUAAAUAUUCAUAAUAUGAAGGAAUUUAUUUGAUAUCAUUAUGUAACAUUUAAGUGUAAAUGUUUAUCCUAUUUUCAGUAGAUUUACAUCAUAAAUUAUAAGUCAUGUUUUGUUGUGUUAAAAUUACCCUCUUUUAUGGAUAAAUAAGUAUACUGAAAACAUUUUUUUGUGAAGGGGACAAGCUGAUUCAAUGAAAAUCUACUUGAAAUGACUUUGAAAUUUCGAUUUUUUCUGAAAUUUCACGUUUGAAUGAAAAAUAUAUAGUUAAGACACAAGAUUAUGAAUAUUUAUAAGGUACUGUGUUUACAUCAACCUAAAAACUAUUUGAUAAAUGAUGUAUAUAGUUCCUUUAGUGCUUUAACUUGCCAUAGUGAGGAGAAGAAAAAACUCUGUUUUGAGUCCUAACAUUCAGAAAAUGUCCAAAUUAUAUGCCAGAUCUAUUUCUAAGGUAAAUAUCAAUUUCAUAUUUAAGAAAAUAAAGCAGCUAAUGAGAAAUAAUUAGAAAUGCAUCAUUAAAAAGCAUUGUGAUUGGUUGAAAAUGUCUUAAUCCAAAGAUAUCCAACCAAGGGCAUGGUGCUGUUUAAAUUCCAUGUUAGUGUAUAAUAUGUUAUAGUGAACCAAUAUUUUUUAUGCAAUGUUUUUGUCAAUUUUGCUAAAAUAAGGGAAUGGUAUAACAAUGAUGAGCAAAGAAAUUUUAUUUUUAUUGAAAUGACUUGCUCCAGUUCACCAAGAAAUUUCAGUAUAACAAGUUAUUUUAUGUAUAGAAUUUCAUGGGCUUUUUAUAGAGUCUCAAACAUAACAUAUUAAUACAUUACACACUUUGUCUAUUAAAAUGGUGCAGGAAUACAGGAAAGAUUAUUUAUUAGUAAACAACAUCACAAGGAUGCUUGUAAUUUUCCCAUCAAUGAUAGGACUUAAAACAAAUGUAUUAAUUAAAACUGUAACAAUAUCAUUGCCAAAACAAACUUAUACAAAAUAGAAACCUACGCCAUGUAUAAUUGUUUUAGUUGUAAUUGAACCAAUAUUGUAUUAAAAUGCUAUGUUUGUAUGAAUAUUUUUGUCAUGUGUAAAUUUGUUGUAAAUGUCUAAACUGCUCACUAGAAAGAUUCGUUUAAUUGAGAAUACAUUUCUGAUUUUGAAUGUUAAAUUGAAAUUGCAACAUUGGAAAGUGAUAAUUUCAGACUACAUUAAAUUCAUGAAAGGACAGACAGAACAUUUGGCCAGUAAAAUGGCAAUGCUUUAUCUGACUGACCUAAAACAGUUAGACCAGUAAAAUUCAUGAUUAGGCAGAGAGAAUUACCAGUUUUUCUGAAAACUUGUUUAAUUUACAUGGGCAAAAUUUGUCUAACCCACAAUAAAAUUGUCCAAUUUUUCUUACAGUCUAGCAUAAUAUUUAGAAGUCUGGGAUCCUUAGUAUCAUUCAGUUUAAAAACAUUCCUCAGAAAAAUCUCUUUUCAAAUAUUUCAUCAAGAAUUUAUAACCAAACAGUAACACAAAAUUUAUGGGAAAGAAGAAGAACUUCAUUUGAAUGACUGUCUUCUAUAAUUGUGUAAUAUUUGAAAUAUUUUUUUGAGUUUUGUUCAGUAAUACAUUUUUUGCACUAGUUAAAAUUCACCCUACAGAAUGCCUGCAGAAUGGACUUGACAGAGAUUGUGUAAUAUUGUAUUUUAGUAGAUUUAAAAAAAAAAUUCUGGUUGACUCCCUCUGCAGUUGUAUACUAUGUUACUACUUAAUUGUUUUUAAGAUCAAUUCUCAUUGUAUUUUAUCACCAAGCAAUAAUUAGUUUGAUUAACAUCCAAAUAAAUAAAGGCCAUCUAUCAGAUUUUCAGAUUUUUUUCCAAAACAGAAUAUAUAGCAUAUGUUAUACAUGUAGUGCUAAGUAUUUAUUUAAUUUUCUCUUGUUUAGUUGUGAAAUUUAAAAAAAACAAACAUAUAUGGUCAUAUGUUUAAAAAUGCAUAUCAGGGAUAUUUUAAAGGAAUAUUUAUUAAUUAAAAUCAAAUGCAUUAAUAUUUGGCUUUUGAAUAAACCAUUUUGAAAGGUGGACAUUUAUUUUUAAAGCACAUUGUUCUUUUGAAAACAAUCUUUUUGUAAAGCAGUGCAGAAUGUUGAAAGAUUUUGCUGCACAAGUUUAAGAUAGAUUUCAUAAUAUAAUUUUAAAAACUUGAAAACUUCAUUGAAAAUUCUGAAAAAAAGAAAUUUCAAUUUGAUGUGUUGAAUUACAAAGGCAUUGCUUACUGUGUGUUCAGGAACUGAUAAUUUAUAUUUUAAGAAUAUUGUCCAUCUGAUUGAUGUUGCUUACAUGUUAUGCCUGCUUUAAUUGAAUGUUUAGUAUAUGUCUUUUGUUAUAGUAUUUUAUCAGCAAUAAUCAAAUGCAUUGUGCACAUAUCACCUCCUUGUUAUUUAUUUUUGGGAAAGGGUUUUUAGUCAUAGUAGCUCUUUCACUAUCACCUGGUGUUUUUCAUUCAAUAACUUAUUAUUUAGUAUUCAUCUGGAGAUUUUUGAGUUAAUCAAUGAGUCUAAAAUUUUGAAUAUUUGUACAAAACAUAAAGUAUUAUAAGUCAAUUUAUGGGUUAAUUUAAAUUUCUGAAAAUUAGGCUUGAAGAAAUUAGUUAGUAUUUAAUUGGUUGAAGGACCCACAUCUGUCAACAUUUGUUCCUGAAAAUCUUCUUCUACUCAUAAUGUAAACUUAUCUGAUAAGGCCUAUUUAAGAACUAGUAAUUAUUAAAAAUCCUUAAUAACCAUGGUAUGUCCUACUACAUCUGCAUUUGAGCAUCUUUUAGUCAUGCUCUAUGUACUACAAAGUUUAAAUGUUAAGUUUUCUGAUUUAUGUAUGUUAUGAAGAUGUAUUCAUGAUGUGUCAUUGCAAUAUGUCUGUUGUAUUAGAAACUUGAAUUAGUUUGAUCAUCUGCUGAAUUCAUUUCUGAAAGGUGGAUCUCUGUAUUAAGACUUUAAAGCUUUAUUUGAUAAUAUAUAAGAGAAAUCUGUCAUUUUAUUUGACAUAAAUGUUGCAGGAUUUGAAGAAAAUAGAAAUAAAUCUUUGCUGAAGUACAAUGUAGCUUGAGGUUACUAGAAACAAAUUUAGCUUUUUAUAUUAUGAAAAUGUUUUAAAUUGUUUCACUGUUUUUUUUAUUUUACACAAUUAUUUCACUGUACUUUUAUUUUACACAAUUAUUUCACUGUUAUAGAACUUUUACACAAUAUUUUUAAUUUUAACAGAUUGGAGUUGUGAAAUUCUCUUUGUUUAAAAAAUACAUCUUUUAGCAUUACUACAUGCACAAGCAGGUAUCAAUUUGAAAAAUUUCCUAACAAAGGGUAUUGAAGAAUAACAGAUGUUCAAUUAAACAUCUAUCUCAUGGAUCAUUGUUAUUUUUUAAAAACAAACAGUGUGUCAUUUAUAUCUGUAUACCUGUAAUAUCAGGUUUAUCGCCUUAAAGUUUGGGAUUCUUUUUGCAUCUAUAUCUAUUUAUUGUUAAACAUAGUGGGGAAUAUAUA